GGAGCUUCUGUAGGAAAAAUAAGUUCGGUCAUGAUCUAACAGUAAGUUGUCGGAGGUAAGUGAGAUUCUAUCGUGAGGAGUCAAAGGUUCCUUUUAAUUUGUGCAUUGGACAAAAAGCAGAUGGAAUGCCUUUCCUGUAGACUAGCACCUCCAAUGUGUAUUUAAAAAUGAACAGUAUAAAUGCAGAAUUGUUUUAGCUCAGGGUAAGUGUGAUUUUAUGUAUAGUCAAUAAUCAGGUUUAAAGUGUCUGUGUCCUCAAAUAUAGCCAGCCUAUGCAUCAUAAUCAAAAAAUGUAUGUAGGCCAAAUUAGCUUUUUUUUUUUAAGCAGCCGUAAUUUUCAUUUUUGGGCUUUCUAUACCAAAUUAAGUUUUGUCCAACUUGAAAACAGGAAAAAAAAAUUCUCUCUCUUUUCCCCAUACAAAGCUGAUGCCUCUGACUAUCACUACACACAUUUUGGCUCACAAUAGGGCUGCUCUCAGUUUAUAAAGCAGUUCUAUUAAUUUAAAGGGACACUAUAGUCACCCAGGCCACUUCAGCUCAAUGAAGUGGUGUGGGUGCCAAGACCCUCAGGUUUUAACCCUUCAGAUGCAAACAUAUCAGUUUCAGAGAAACUGCUAUAUUUACAUUUGGGGUUAAUCCAGACUCUAGUGGCUGUCUUCCGGACAGCCACUAGAGGGGCAUCUGCGACGCUGGAUGCAAAUUUUGCCUCCAUCACGCAGAGCAUCCAUAGGAAAGCAUUGAGAAAUGCUUUCCUAUUGACUCUUUGAAUGCGCAUGCAGCACUUGCCGCGCAUGGGCAUUUCACUCCACUAGGGAGCUGACGUCGGACGGGGAGGAGAGGUCACCAGCGCCGAGGGAGCCAAGCGCUGGGUAAAGGUAAGCUGCUGAAGGGGUUUUAACCCCUUCAGCGCCAUGGGAGGAGGACCCUGAGGGUGGGGGCACCCUCAGGGCACUAUAGUAUCAGGAAAACCGCUUUGUUUUCCUGACACUAUAGUGAUCCUUUAAAAGAAAUGUUUAUAGGAUGACUAUGAUAAAGACCUGGUAGGGUGGAAACGUUGCUUCUUUUGCCCCAGUAAAGCUGCUAUUUCUGUAAUCCCGGAAUGCUUGAACCAUUAUUUAUUCUGCAUAUAGGAUAAGAAUUACUUCAUGAUCAGGAUAAGUUCUGCCUGUUUCUGACACUCAUUGCGCAGUAAUAACUUUUAAAAUAUAUAUAUUUUUGCAUAACUUAAGAGGAGGGGUGUCAUCUCCCUUCACAUCAGGUAACAGCACAUGACAGGUGUGUCCCCUCAUUCUGUUAUUGUUUGCUUAAUUUCUAGAAACUCUCCCACAUAGGAUUCAGCCAAACCCAGAGUAGUAGGAUCUUGUAGUAGGUUGGGAGGGGCAGUGUGCAUGGGCGUAGGAAUCAGGGGAGAUAGGGGGGCGCAUCCCCCCCAGCAAAUCAUGCAGGGGGGAUAGGUUAUAGAGAAAUCCCCCCCCCCCAGUUCCGCCGGCCCCGGGUGGCUCCAUCAGGGAACCGCAUGCACUGCAGACUGGGAAGAGGAGCACCUCCCCUUCCGCGCAGGAGCGCCGGGUGUCACGUGACUACCCGCGCUCAGUCUGACACUGCGCCCGCCAGACGUUCAGAGGUCCCCCUGCUAUGUCAGGUAAAAGGGGGGGGAAACAGUUUGUAGGGGGGAGAGCAGAGCCGGUCACUUCUAAAAAACAAACAACAAAAAAACAGCUGCCUAAGCAUUUUUAGUGUUAAUUAAUGGAAGGGUUAAAGGGGUGAGGUAGAAAAAUGAAUGUAAUGGGUUAGGGGGGCUUCUAAUAUGGAUGGGAGGAAGGGGGAGGAAGAAAAAGAUUUGGAAGGGGUUAGGGGGUCUACUAAUAUGGAUGGGAGGAGGGGGAAGGUAGAAAAAUAAUUGGAAUGGUUUAGGGGGGCUUCUAACAUGGAUGGGAGGAGGUAAAAAAAUUAUUGGAAUGGGUUAGGGGGGCUACUAAUAUGGAUGGGGGAGAGGGGUAGGUAGAAAAAUAAUUGGAAGGGGUUAGGGGAGUACUAAUAUGAAUGGAAGGGGUAGGGUGAGUUCUAAUAUGCAUGGAAGAGGUUAGGGGGGUUAAUAUGCAUGGAAGGGGUAGGUGGGGUUCUUAUGUGCAUGGAAAGGGUAGGGGUGGUUCUAAUAUUCAUGGAAGGGGUAGGUGGGGUUCUAAUAUAAAUGGAAGGGGUAGAGACGGGUAGUAAAAUGUAUGGAAAGCACUUCUGAAAGUGUGACUGAAUGGCAGUUAGGAAAUGUGGUCACCCUAAGUCAGGGGCAGUAUUACACAAUCUGUAUAUGUAUAAAAAAAAAUAUAAAAAGUAAUCUGCAAAGAAAAAAAGGUUUGUGUCAAAUGUCGUGCUAAAAAUUAAGCUAGGAAUGUGCAAUUUAAAAAAAAUACUUUUUAGAAUAAUGAUACAGACAUUUUACUUUUUACAUUUGUGAUGAUUCUUUUUCCCCCUCUAUUUUCAAGGGACACUAUAGUCACCAGAACCACAACAGCUAAACGUAGUAGUUCUGGUGUCUAUAGCAUGUCUUUGCAGGCUUUUUAAUGUAAGCACUGCCAUUUCGUAAAAAGGCAGUAUUUACAUUACUGCUGAGGAAUACCUCUAUUGGACACUCAGAUGGCCACUAGAGGUGCUUCCUAGUGGAGACAUGAAUGCUGCCCUAUGAAGUAUCUGCGCAUGUGCGGCAAAGCUGCGCAUGAGCACCAGGGAGCAAUGACGCUUCUGAAUAGAAGUGUUUUAUUGCUCCCUGCUCGCACCCUUGUAUUUCGUCAUUUUGACGAAAUAGGGGGCGCGGCAUCAGGAGGAUCCCGGCGCUGUAUCUGGGUAAGUAAAUCCCCUUCCCUGUAGUGACCCUUUAAUGUUAUUAUUUUAUCAUUUAUAUAGCGCCAGCAAAUUCCGUAGCACUGUACAAUGGGAUAAACAACUCCUAGUUUACGGAAUAAAAAUAUACCCGGCGAGUAAAAAUGAUAUCCCCCCCAGAUUUUUGGAGGUUCCUACGCCCAUGGCAGUGUGCAAAAUUGUUGCCUGUGGCGAUGACAUCAUCGUUCACCAGAUUAACAUACAAGCAGUGCCGCUGGAGGUCUUCUUAAAAGCACAAUCGACACACAUACAGCAUUUCAGCUUGCUUAAGUGCUCAAAAUGUCUGGAGUCUGUCAUGACAGUUUAUAAAAGUGCUGAUUUCAUAAAAAAAAAUAAAAAAAUUCUGCACUUUUAUACUUAGGGGGAAGAAACACCUCUCUGGUGGUCAGACAGCCAGGGAGAUUUUCUUCCUCUUUGGAUAGCUCCACAGAUGUAAGCAGCAGUUCACUGAAAAACAUAGGGAAUUUUGGCUCCAGCACCAGGGGGGAAAUGGGAUGGCUUGCAAAGGUGCAUACAAUAGGUAUGCAUCUUCUGCAAACUGUUUUUUAAUGUACCACCAAAGAAAACGUGAAAACAAUGCUUAUUGUCCCCCCCCCACGUUCAUUAAUUCCUAUUUUCCCUUCUUGUUCUCUACCCCUUUCUUAUUCUUUCUAACUUGAAAAUUUAUGAGCGUGAGUAUGAAUUUUAAGAGUAAUAAAACUUAAUCUACUGUAUUGUUUUAUGUAAUUUAAGCUGUUAUGAGCACAGGAGUGUACACAUAUCUUGAGGUACUGUGCCCUGUCGUGGUUUUCCCUUUGUGGUUAUUUGAGAGUGCACUUACUUAUUUAUAAUGGCUUAUCUGACCUUGGCUUAUACCUUGACCAUUCUCCAUUCUAGUGUCCUUGACCUUUGGCUUGUCUAUGUGUUUAUGUUGCUCUAUUUCCCUAACUUGUAUCUAACUUCUCUAUAUUGCGUUAAGUCCAGCCACUCGAAGGCCCAGUAAUAUGCUUGAUUUUACUAUUCCUGUCGCGCUUUACAAUAUUAUGAAGGGGGGGGGGGGAGUUACAGUAAAUGAGACAAUCAAACAGUGACACAGCAACGGGAUGGUUAGAUUAGAACUAGCCCUCAGCUGAGGCUUAUUAUUCAGUAUGCAUGAUUCCUUCUAGCUUUCAGGAAUUGAGUUUCCUAUGAAGUACUGUAAAAUAGAAAUUAACACAGUUCGCGAUGUGUCAUGAGAAUGCUUUAAAAAAAUAAAUAACUCCAUAACUCUAGUUCUCUGACGGUGGGAUUGUGUCAAGAGACAGAUGUCUUGAUGUCAUUACAUUUGCAGUAUCUUUGAAGAAAUUGCUCUUAAACUACCUAUUUCCAAAAGGGCAUAACAACACAGUCUUAAUGACCAAAAAGGAUAAGACAACUUUGUUAUGUUUUUUUUUUAGCUAACCUGAGGGCAUGAGAACCCUUUGGAGGGAGUGAGAAGAGCUCUUUUUUAAGACAUAGCGCUCUAUGUGCUGCUAUGGAGCAACUCUUAUACCUACAUUUCUGUUUGCUGGACAGAACAGCAUUAUGUAAACCUCACUCGUGCUGCCAAAACUGCUCUUUUGCGUCAAGGCAUGGAUUCCACAAGACCUCUGAAUGUGUUUCUCAAAGCAUUCCUGGACAAUUUUUGCUUUGUGGCAGGGUGCAUAUCUAGGUAAGUGGUAUGUAGUAUGGAUUGGAAAACUGACAGGUUGUAUAUGUUAAAGUAACAUCCACAUGAAUGCCAAGGUUUCUCAGCAGAACAUUGCUCAGAGCAUAAACCUGGCCAUCCACCUGAUCUAAAUGAAAACUUGUUCAUCAGACCAGGCAAACUUCUUUCAUUGCUCCAUGGUCCACUUCUGACACUAACAUCAUCCCAUUGAAGGCACUUUUGGCAAUAGACUAGGGUCAUCAUGGGCACUCUGUACGUGGCAACACAGACAUAUACGCAGCAAACUGUGAUGCACUGUGUGUUCUGACACAAGCAUUAAGUUUUUCAGCAAAUUGAGCUACAGCAGUUUUUGCUCCCCAUGUGCAUCAGUGAGGCUUGGGCACCCAUAACUGAUGCCGAUUCAUUAGUUGUCCUUCCUUUCCUCAGUUUUGGUAGGUACAAACCACUGCAUACCAGGAACAUUCCACAAGACUUGCCGUUUGGAGAUCUGACCCAGUUGUCUAGACAUCACUAUGUGGCCCUUGUCAAAUUCACUCAGAUUUUUUGUUUGCCCAUUUUUCCUUCCUCCAACACAUGAAAUUCAAGAAUUGACUCUUCACUGGCUGCCUAAUAUGUCCCACCCCUUGACUGACUGGUGCCAUUGUAACAAUAUAAUCAAUGCUAUUCACUUCACCUGUCAGUGUUCUUAAUGUUGUGGCAGUAAGGGAGAAGAAUUGGCCAAUUCUUUUUUUUUUUUCUUCACUUCAGAAAAUAUGAUAAUAAAUUAAAGCUGUAAGUUAUUUGGAGAAGCUUAUUCAUAAAAGGUUUUGACAAAUAAAGGCUAGUUUCAGAUUGGAGGGGGCAGAGAAAAAAAAACAAUGGGAUAAGAGUAUGUGUCUGGGAACAGUGUAUGUGUGAGUUGGAGCACUGUCAGAAUUCAAAGUGAAUUUAAAAUUUUGGGCCAAAGUAGCCAAACUGGAGGCAUAGCUGACUUAGACAUUUUUUUCAGUUCUUCUACUUUGGCUUUACAUUUAAAAUUCACUUUGAAUUCCCAACUGUUCUCAUUUUUGUAAAAUACCCUGUUUGUGUGUUUGGGAAUCUCGUACAUGUGAAUGUCUCUAUGCUGAAUUAUCUCUUUCUGUAUGUCCAAUUAUUGGGGUUUGUGAGCAUAUCUCUCUAUUUCUAAAUCAACAAUCAAAAGCCAGAAAUAAAACAGGCAAUUGUCCCACUGACAUCAUACUUAAGAUGUAUCCCCACAAUACAUCCCUAUUAAGCCAAAGAGAAAGGUUUGAUACUAGAAUAAAUCACCACAAACAAGCAAGUGUUGGUGGGUUAAAUAAAAGAAAGAAGAAAAAGCAGUGAUGGGGUUCAAACAGUGCUAUUGCUCCUCAGCAGAUCUUUCUAAAUUCCAUUUAAACAGUGGAAUUGCCUGUAUUUGUUUACUACAACUGUGAUUUUGGUUAUUGGGGGUGCUCUGGUGCUUGCACUGAAACUUUUAUUAUCGUGCUGAUCGUCUCUGAUUCCCUGGUGGCAUACUCGCCCUUGUGGGCUCUCCUGCUGUCUGGAACAUCUUGACAUUCCAUCAAGCUUCCACCCAUCUGGACCGGUGGAGGUCAUCCCAGUCCCAGGAAUCCACUACCUAACUCGUCCCACAUUGCAGUGACAAUGGUACUUGCGGCCUGCCCUAUACCUUCAUUAUGGGUGGCAGCCAGUAUGAGCAGACUGGAUGCCAUAUUUAACGAUUUCAUAUGUCAGAUAUCAAAUAGGCAGCGGAGCUUAGAAUGCUCCAUUUCAUCAGAGUACAGAUGAGACAGUGUCUGGCAAUUGCCCACUUCAGGCUGCCUCCUCAGGAGCAGUCAUUGGGAUAGAUUCCCAGCAGAGUCAGAUGAGUGCAUAGGAUUCAGGUCCUGUGCAUUCUUCCUGUUCUGCAAAUUCAGAAUGUGUGACUAUUCCUCGUCAGGGCCCUAUAAGAGCUGCAGAAUUAGACUUAGAAUUAGACUCAGACGCCUCCAAUGUUGUGCUGUCUGCCAAUUCUCUAGGUGGCUGACUACCCCAUGCAUAUAAGCGGAUCUCUCCUACACUUCCACUAGCCGCAGAUUGGGUGUUGCUUUCUCUAAAACGUUAAAUAUCUGUGACAUGUGCAGCUUAGAUUAAAGGAACACUAUAGGGUCAGGAACACAAGCAUGUGUAUAGUGUAAAACACACUGCCCCCCACCCAUUUGCCCCACUAAAUAUAGUAAAAUCUUACCUUUAUUGCAGUCUGCUGGUGCUUUUCUGUGAAAAGAUAGUGUUUACUGCAAAAAGCUUGCAGAGACAUGCUCUACUCACCAGAACAACUACACUACUAAGCUGUAGUUGUUCUGGUGACUAUAGUGGACCUUUAAGUGUGGCUAGAUGUUUACCUCUCCUUAUAAAAUGCUUACUUAGUGGCUACUAUAUUGGUUUCAGCUCUAACCUGUUCAUAGGUUACUAAUUUUUUUUUCUUCCAUGUUUAGUUUUUUUAUUGAAAGUUUCAUGCACGUUACAUAGUAAUUUCCCAUUUACUGUCUAUGUAGUCAUCACAGACCCAGGUGAAUUUGGGGGAUGUGCCCUUUAAUCUAUGCGUCAAUACUACAAAAUUUCUCUUGGUUGUGAUAACGUUCUUCACUAUUUGUAGCGAUAGAAUUGUCAUCGUUUUCUAGUGUUUGGCAUUUUUUGUAGUUCUGCGUGUCUCGUGGGAUGGCACUUGGGAUCAUGUUGAAAAGGAGGCAUUGUGGUGUAGGAGGGAUCUUCCAUUCGAUAACUUUUGUUAUGAGGUUUGCAAUCGCUAUUCAUAAAUUGCACAUGUACACUCGAUCAUAGUUUUCCUAUAUAUUCUAUUGAAAUUAGUCCUUUUAUAAACUAUAAAAUGACAAACUCUAGACAUACAAAGCACUUCAGCUAGCUGAAAUAAUUUGUGUGUGUGGAGUAUUCCUCUAUCUUAGCAAACUUCCUUAUACAUACACACACCCACAAACAAACUGCCUUAUACAUAUAAACACACGCACUGCCUAAUACAUACAUACACACGGGUAUACGGCCAAAUACACACACAGAAAGUGCCUUAUAAAUACAUGCACACAAACUGCCUAAUGCACGCACACACACACACUGCCUAAUGCAUACACUCACACACACGCUACCUCAAACACACAGACAAAUGCCUCUUACUCACACACAAACUACGUCAUCCCAACACACACUGUCUAAUACACACACACAUUGCCUAAUACACACACACACACACACACACACACACACACACAAACUGUCUAAUAGACACACACUGCCUAAUACACAAACACCUUGCCUAAAAAACAUACACGUACAAACCCCCACCCUCUCCACCCCCAGCUGCCCUCACUCGCAUGCUCAGGAGUGGCAUCUGGGGGCACAGGCUGCAGCCCAGUCACUCACUGUAGUACCUCUUCUGCUGACAUGGUUGCAGUCUGUUAAUAGGCCCUCCACUUCCUCAGGCAGUCCAGGACCAUGACAGGGGGAGCAGAACAUGACUGUAAGCUCUGCCCUUGUGCUGCCCCUUCUUCUAAGGAUCUAAGGUGAGUGUAGGUAGGGUUUUAGGAGGAGGGGGCAGAGACAGACUGGGGGCGAGGAUAAAAUGUUUGGGGCGGGGAAAGGCAGGAUCCGUUACUUGAGGGGAGUGGUUAAUGAUUUGUGGGCGGGUAUGGGGGGCAGGAUUACUGGCAUAAUAGAGAAGGUCUCUGAAAACAUUGUAAAGAGCCUACUUGUCAGGAGGAUGGUAGAAGCAGUGAGGGGAGGGUGCUGCCGGCUGCUAUCACAGUGUGAGGGGCACACGGCAGCAUAUACUCAUGGAGUGUUCAGAUGAAUAUUACAGCUCCUGCUGGUGCCACCCUCUUUCAGAGUGCCUUAGGCCACUGCCUAAUUGGCCUAAUGCAAGCGCCGGCCCUGAAGGCAUGUAUGCUUAUAUAUGUGGCUGGGCAUUUAUAUUUGUGUAUAUGAGUUCAUGUGCAUGUAUGUAUAUGUGUUCAAUAUGUUCAAUAAAUUAUAUAAACAAAUUAAAUUUGAAAGAUUUGCAGUUUAAUAUUUUGAAUAGAUGGUACUUAACACCGAAUCAUUUAAAUAAAAUAUACCUAAAUACGUCCGACCGAUGUUGGCGGUGCAAUACUGAUAUUGCAACCUAUAUAUAUUUACUGGAAAGAUAUAAUUACACUAAUUGACCUUAUGACAGGCAAUAAACUGGCAAUGGAGCUGGGAAUAAUUCUAUUAAAUUUAAAUAAGUCACAAGUGAAGAUAAAGGAUUCAAUGUUAAUUUUACAUAUCAUCACAGCAACUAAAUUACUGAUAGCACGGAAGUGGAAAGAAGUACUAACCCCAUCUAUACGAGAAGUGAUAAAAGAAGUAAUUUGGCAAGCAAAAAAUGGAAAGAGGCAUUUUGGUGAGCUUAAAAAACCGUCACACGCAAAUAGAAUAUUGGGACAACUGGAUAGAUAAAUUAGAAUUUUUUUUAAAAACGCCAUAAAGGGCCUCUCAAAUAGAGAAACUGAAUGGAACUGGGAAACAGAUAAGAUGAAUGGUAUAUGUAAUGUGUUGGCAAUAAAAUAGGAACAUAUGGAUUAAUCGGGCGUACAAUAAAACUUAACAAAAUAGUUGACAACAGUAGUUUGAUCAAAGAGCCUAAAGGGCUCUCUCUCUCUCUGUCUACAAAUAAAGAUAAGGUACAUUAGAUAAGUGAGUUUAUUAGGGUUAUGAUAGUGAUAAUUAGGAUAGGGAUGGGGAGGGGGUGGGAGGAAAUAGGGAAAUAAAGGAGGUAAUAAAGAUUAAUCCCAUUGUUUUUUUUCUUCUCUCCUUCCGUGGGAGAAAUGAAUAGAAGAAAUAUUGUAUUAGUGAUGAUAGAGAGACCUUUAUGUUACGCACACUUUGUUAUAGUUUUAAUAGCUAUACAAUGCUAAGGUACCUAUCUGAAAUAUUUUUUAAAAAAGUAUAUGUGUGUAUGUAUACAGUCAUUGAUCAUAAAAUGUGAUCUGAUCAUCAUCUAAAUCACAACAAUAGACAAUCACAGUCUGCUUAAACUAAUAAAACACAAACAAUGAAAUGUUGCCAUGUUUUUAUUGAACACACCAUGUAAACAUUCACAGUGCAGGUGGAAAAAGUAUGUGAACCCUUGGAUUAAAUAACUGGUUGAACCUCCUUUGGCAGCAAUAACUUCAACCAAACGUUUCCUGUAGUUGCAGAUCAGACGUGCACAACGGUCAGGAGUAAUUCUUGACCAUUCCUCUUUACAGAACUGUUUCAGUUCAGCAAUAUUCUUGGGAUGUCUGGUGUGAAUCACUUUCUUGAGGUCAUGCCACAGCAUCUCAAUCGAGUUGAGGUCAGGAAUCUGACUGGGCCACUUCAGAAGGCGUAUUUUCUUCUGUUUAAGCCAUUCUGUUGUUGAUUUACUUCUAAGGUUUGGGUCAUUGUCCUGUUGCAACACCCAUCUUCUGUUGAGCUUCAGCUGGUAGACAGAUGGCCUUAAGUUCUCCUGCAAAAUGUCUUGAUAAACUUGGGAAUUCAUUUUUCCUUCGAUGAUAGCAAUCCGUCCAGGCCCUGACGCAGCAAAGCAGCCCCAAACCAUGAUGCCCCCACCACCAUACUUCACAGUUGGGAUGAGGUUUUGAUGUUGGUGUGCUGUGCCUUUUUUUCGCCACACAUAGUGUUGUGUGUUUCUUCCAAACAACUCAACUUUGGGUUCAUCUGUCCACAGAAUAUUUUGCCAGUACUGCUGUGGAACAUCCAGGUGCUCUUGUGCAAACUGUAAACGUGCAGCAAUGUUUUGUUUGGACAACAGUGGCUUCCUCUGUGGUAUCCUCCCAUGAAAUCCGUUCUUGUUUAGUGUUUUACGUUUUGUAGAUUCGCUAACAGGGAUGUUAGCAUUUGCCAGUGACUUUUGUAAGUAUUUAGCUGACACUCUAGGAUUCUUCUCCACCUCAUUGAGCAGUCUGCGCUGUGCUCUUGCAGUCAUCUUUACAGGACGGCCACUCCUAGGGAGAGUAGCAGGAGUGCUGAACUUUCUCUAUUUAUAGACAAUUUGUCUUACCGUGGACUGAUGAACAGCAAGGCUUUUGGAGAUACUUUUAUAACCCUUUCCAGCUUUAUGCAAGUCAACAAUUCUUAAUCGUAGGUCUUCUGAGAGCUCUUUUGUGCGAGGCAUCAUUCACAUCAGGGAAUGCUUCUUGUGAAAAGCAAACCCAGAACUGGUGUGUUUUUUUUAUAGGGCAGGGCAGCUGUAACCAACACCUCCAAUCUCAUCUCCUUGAUUGGACUCCAGUUGGCUGACAUCUCACUCCAAUUAGCUCUUGGAGAUGUCAUUACUCUAGGGGUUCACAUACUUUUUCCACCUGCACUGUGAAUGUUUACAUGGUGUGUUCAAUAAAAACAUGACAACAUUUCAUUCUUUGUGUGUUAUUAGUUUAAGCAGACUGUGAUUGUCUAUUGUUGUGACUUAGAUGAUGAUCAGAUCACAUUGUAUGACAAAUUUGUGCAGAAAUCCAUAUCAUUCCAAAGGGUUCACAUACUUUUUAUUGCAAAUGUAUGUGCAUGUAUAUGUGUUCAUGUUAGUCUAGAGAAACAUAGUUAAAAAACUUGAAAGAAAAGAAAAUGGUCUACCUAAAUGACAAGAGAUAAUAACCACUGGAUUGCCUGUUAAGACAUGAGUGUCAACAUAGUAAGUAGGUACCGCAAGCAUUGCAUGCGUAUUGUGGGCUGGUUAGCUGAUGCUGAGAGAUGGGAGGCUGCAGAUGCAUAAUUGCCAGAGUCCAUUUAGCCUUGUGUGGGGACCCCACCAGUUAUGGGUGCCAAUGCACUCCUGUGUUUUUCUGCCAGGGCUCCGGUAAGGACCAUCACCCGGCUCAGGGCUUCUGGGUCCCUUCGGCACGCGGCCGACCUCUCUGAGCGGGAACCCUCUGACGCCGCGACUUGUGCGCAUAGAUGUGGCUCCAACCAGAGUGCCGUGCUGUGAAGUUGCCGUUGGGUGGCAUGUUAGCCUGGUGGUGUUGAUGUGUAGGCUGCAGGACCUGUGUCACAAUCUUCCCUUUCAAGACUCUGCGUAUGGUGCACUUUGGGUACUUCAUCUAGUAUUUGCUUCUAACAUACCUGGGCUCAAUCUGGACGUGCUGAUCCCUUGGUGAGGCAUUUGCUUGUCUGCUUGUCAUCUUGGUCCAGAAUCGGGCACAGAUUCUGUUGAAUGCUUGCAUCCAUGUCUCUGCACCCAGAGAUGGUUGACUUGUGUUGGAGCACCCUCUUAGAAGUCAGACAUCUUGCAGAUGUUUUAUAAAGUCCACAAGAGUAAGUCGGGGGGAUCACCGGUAGGGACCGGGAAAACCCUGAAUGGUCCGCAGGGGGGAUAGGCAGUAUUCCGAGGUCACACGGACAGCUGAAGAGUGAGGAAAGCGGCCCCCUCUCCCCAGGUCUGUCACGAGUAGGCCUUAAAUCUCUGUGUCAGGUUGUUUGUGUCAGAAAGUUGCUAGUGAGGUACCACCGGUACUUCCUCUGCUAAGACCACGGAUGACUGCACUUAAAGUUGCUGUUAGGUUUAGAAUUUAAUCAGUUUAUCAAUGCCAAAUGUGAGAGCCAGCACAGCACAUGUCUUGUCUACUCGGCAGCCAGGCUCCGUCCUAUAUAUAUGUGUGUGUGUAUAUAUAUAUAUAUAUAUAUAUAAUAUAUUUUAAAAAUAAUUUUUUACAUUUUCGGGUAGAUCAAAGGAAACAUAACAAAAAAUGUCAAGUACUUUAGAUAUAUGAUACUCAGAGUUACAACUCAAAUUAUAGUCAUACAUGGUUCUGCAACAUUCCUAUUCUUUAUUACUUCUUAUUUUGCUAACAGAAUGAGCAGUAUGAGUGUAAUACCUGCAUCUAAGGGCAUUUAUAUUGAGUAUUGCAUAGUACACAGUGAAUAACUUGAUUCAUGUAGAAUAUUAACUGUAAACAUUCAAAGGAGAUAAAGUUUGUGGCGGUCUUAUUCGAGUGAAUUAGGUAUUUCCUCUUUUAAGCAUAAACCGAUGAUUUCAACGAGUACUUGGGUUCACCCUUUUCCCAAUUCCACUUGAAGUAUGAAUAGUAUGGCUGUGGGCAGUAUCUUCAGGGAGAGGGGGGAUUAAGCAGGGAUAGCUUUGUACAUUGAUGAGAGGAAAGCGUAAAGUGAUAGGGUACUGUAGUGAGAAAAUGUGGGUCUCCGCUCAAGAUAAACGGAGCAGGAAGGUAAGGGAGCAAUGGGAUUGAACACAGGGAGUCUCUUAGGAAGAUAGCCCCGAGAAACAGUUUAAAGCAGCACUGUCAUGCCGUAUCCUGUUUUGGUUUUUUUUUAACCCCCCUCCGGCCUCCACUAUCUCUAACUGACACCCUAGUCACCCCCAAAUGCCCCUAAGCCCCCCAUAUUUUUUAUUCCUUAUUUUCUGCCCCGAUCUAUAUUCAGGGCGCCGCCAUCUUUGUGUGGGUAAAUGAAGUCCCUGUGGGACACGUCAUUUGCCCACACUAGAUAAACUGUGAGAUUCCCGCACAUGCCCAGUGAAACACCUGGACAUGCGAACGGGAAUUUCAUCCAUUCAUUCAUUCGACAGACUAAUGAGUGAAUAGAAAUGUCAGCCGAACAAACAAAACUGUGUAUCAGUGUUCGUUUGUUCGUUCAGUUUAUUACAAGGAGGGAGCUACCGGCUCGCAGCUCCCUCCUUGUAAUAUGUAACUAUAGAAGCGGCAGGGAGCAGUGCUCCCCACCACUUCAUAAGCCCCCCAGGUCCCCCCUCACUCUAUGGCGGUCAAUAUGACCCCCAUAAUAGCACAAGGAGAUUAAAAUCUCCCCAAUGCCCCUACUCGCUAUACCGUUUUUUCUUUUUCUCCGUUUUUUUUUUUUUUGGCGCUCUGGAUUUUUAUUUUAUUUUAAGUUCGACGGUUAUGAUGGUUUUUUAUUUGGCCUUUUUUGGGGCUGAAAAAUGAAGAUUUGAGAAAAAAGAAGACGUUGAAUGGUAAGUUUAAUUUUAGUUUACAGGUUAGUUAUUUUAUUCCCCCCUCACUAUUUUUUAGGUUGAGGGGGGUAGGAUUUUUUAUUUGGGUGGGGGGGUGGGUGACUAGGGGCUUAAUGAAAUUCUGAUCCAAAUAAAGUGCCGAAUUGCGUUCUAAAAGAAACAAACAUACUGUUCUCAUUCAGUUAGAACGCAAUUCGUUAGUUUUGUGUAAAAUGACAGGAAGCAUCGUGGGAACACAGAGGAAAGGUGAGAAUUGUGGGAAAAUUGCUCUGACCAGCUGAAAUGAAGCACACUUUGCACCUCCGCUGGUCAGAGCUGGUCAGAGCUGGUCAAGCGGAGGAAUCCUCCAUAAGGCAAAGAGUCCCUACUUUGUCUUAUGAUUUUAAAGAAAACUAAAGAAGACAGGAAGAAAAGAAUAACAGAUCCUGAGAGAGGGGGAGAAGAGGAAGAGAUUGAUGAAAGGUAAGUUCGGCAUGACAGUGCCGCUUUAAUAUGUGGGAUAGGUCAGUGUUUGAUAAGUGAACUGAGCUCAUGCUAGUUUUCUCCAUCCAGCCAAGGCUCCCAGACUUUGUGGAAUGCUUUUGGAGUCUCGUGUAACUGAGCAGUUAUUUUUUAAAUACAUUAUCUACAUAAAUAAAAUUAUUUUUUCUUCAAAAAAUGUAAAUAUGGGAAUGAGACUCCUUCCCUAAGACAUAAUACAAUGUAAAAUAACUAAUACAAUUUGAGGUGUUUAAAUACUGGUGAUUCUUAUCAACUUACUACAAUAUUUAUUAUACUUUAAUUUUAUUAUACUCAUUUGUCCAUAGAGGUAAUAUGCAUAUCCUGAGCAAUUCUGAAUCACAUUGCUGAUUUAGUCUUUACAGUAUAUCUAUUUAUUACCGUUUCUGUAACAUUGCAAUUUCAUGCAUGACGACUCGUAUAUCCUUUUAAAAUGAGAUAAUGUAUUUUUUUUUUCCUUGUUCUGCAGCAUAGUCAGCUGAUCCAAUUCUAUAGUAUCUUCUGACUAGAUCUAAAUCAGAGAUACGCUCUACAUUAAUCCAUUCAAGCACGCCUUCCCCUUUUAUACUUUUUGUUUGAAAUUACAGACAAGCAGAACAGCACUGCCAUUUAAAAAAAAAAAAAAAGAACAGAAAAGAAGAUAAAAAAACACUCCCAGAUGAAAAUUGUGCUCCACCCCCUGGCCAUUUCCCUUUAUAUGUGCACAACACAUCUGCAGGUCUUUCAGAAUUUUUGGCUGACUCAUGCUCAUUGUCUAGUUGCAAUCCUUGUGUAACAUAUUUAUAGGAAAACAAGCUCCCACGAAAGGUGAGAAUUUUACAUUUUAUUUUGUUUCUCUGAAGGCAUUUUAAGCAUAUUGGCAUUUUGUCAUCUCUAAACGAACACGUUAGAAAUACAUGUUUGUGCAUUUAAAUGCAAUAUGGAGGUAUUGUAUUUGUAAAGAGAAAUAUGGUGCUAUGGUCUAAAAUUGUAGCAAUCACCAUGGAAACCAUUACAAUCAUGGUAAUUAAUAUAUUUUUAGAACUUUGCCAAAAAUUACUGUUUAUACAAAAAACAGGUAAACUUGAAAAAUGAUUAUACUUCGGUUAGAACCAAUAAAUAUUUUGCGCACUUUUUGAAAAAAAGUCUCAGGCCAGUUGUAAUUUAAAUCUUAGCAAGGUACUACAGCACCUUUUAGCCCUGUCCAGGGUUAUUUACUAAAGUGAGAAUUGUCAAGAAUUUAAUGUGAAUUUCAAAUUUAAGUCCAAAAUAGCUGAAUUGGAAACAUUCUCCUAGUUCUGGUAGGUUAGUUAUUCUCCCGGUUAACACAAUGAAAACCUGUAGUAAGGAAUCUUUGUGUUGCAUUCCCAAGAUGAAUGUGCUUAGUAUUUUCUCUGAACUAUUUCUUGGUCAAGUAUUAUUAAAGGGACACUAUAGACACCCACACCACUUUAUCUCAAUGAUGUGGUCUUGGCGCUAUGUUUCCCCUGUUUUAACCCUGCAGUUGAAAACAUUGCUGUUCUGCAGAAUUGCAGUAUUUUCAUUGCAGGGUUUAAAUGUCUCUAGUGGCUGUCACUUAGACUUCCAAUGAAAUAGCAGAGUAUAACUCUCUAAUUCUAUUAGGUUAUCUCUGAUUGGUGCAUUGUGGUGUUUUGCUGCACAUGCACACUAGUCUCUCAAUACUUUCUUACGGGAAAGCAUUGAUCUUAAAAAUCUCCGCAAAGGAGGCUGGGCAAACCACAGAAACCGGAGCUGUGAAGGAUAAAAUUUAAGUAAAAUGGCCUUUUUUUAUCUCCCUGCAGGUGGAGGCUGGUCACCCAAAUGACCACCAGGGUACUAUAUUUUUUGGAAUACACAUUUGUAUGCAAUGUGCACAUAUCUACUCCACUUCUCCAUUGCUACCAACCUCUUUAAACUUGUAAUGGUCCUAUUCAAAACUACAUAAUAAAGAAUGAAUGUACUUAUAACUCUAUGUCUCCCUUGCUUAAUGCAGCCAUUGAAUAGAUAAUCAAGUACUUGAGCAUUAGAUAGUUAAUGAUAGAGCUAUGCAAAAAUGUUCCGACAGUCUUUGUGCACAUAUGCAUUAAACAGUAUAUAUUUUUUUCUUUUCUGUUUGUAAUUUAGCAGAGGGAUUCGUGUUGAUUAUGAUUGUAGUUUAUGUCAUAAAAGAUGAUCAUAGGUUGUUAAUUUUGUUAUUUCCUCAUGGUAUUCUGUUAAUUGCUUUUGAACCAAUGUUGAAUCAAUGUAAUGUACUCAUUGUCUCAACAGAUAACAUGUUCCUUUGUAACAACUUCAUACAUACAAAUGAAUCUGUUCAAAAUGUCAUAAAAUGAAGAUAAAUCAGAAUGGAAAAGUAACCAUUUUACUUUUAUAGAAGCAAACAUUACAUUUUAAGAACACUACUUUUCAAGUGUUUUGCUUUCUCCCUGGUUAAAACACAAGUUUUCUGGUAUUGCCACAAUACCAGUUUGGCAAAAAACUGAAUGAAUGUAGAAGCAGCUUAUUAGAUAACAUCAGACAAUAACACAGGCAUGAGAAUAAAAAAAAAAGAUGUUAAUCCUGAAAAAAACAUGGUGCUUUCUUGAAAUCCCAAGAUUUGUUUUAUGCUGUUAAAAUUUAGAAACACUUUAAAAAUAAGUGUGAGAAGCAGCCAAUGUAGGAUACCCUUACCGACAUGAUCAAAGUAUAUUGUGCGAUAUCAGUCUGAAGUGAUAAUAACCUUUAACAUGGAAAACCAAAUUUUCACCUGUUUUAAUGUUCUCCCUUUGUCUGGAUGUUGUAGAUGGCCAAAUCAUUUUUUUUGGUUGCAAACGUUUGUUAUAUCACUUCAGCCAAUAGAAAUCUGAGCCCACCAGCUGUUCUGUCCCCUACAUUAGAGACUUAGCUGCUAUUGAAUUAGUAUUUGGGGAGAUGUAUCAAGACAAAACAGAUAUUAUUCUAAAUAAAGAGGCAACCAAUACAACUCAGCAGUUUGAACCUACAAAUGGCACCUGGUUUGCCUUCAUGAAUCACCCUAUUUUAAAGGGAUUCUAUAGUAUUAGGAAUACAAAUCUGUAUUCCUAACACUAUAGUGCCUUCUGGUCCCCCUCCUUUAAAAAACCUUUAUGUACUCACCUGAUUUAAGCACCAAUGUCCCUCAAUGCUGAGUCAGUGCUCCACCUCCUCUCAUAUAAUCUUAAGGGGAAGUGAAGGUAGGGGUAAUAUGAAUGUGCGACGGGUGCAUGUGUGGCAAACAAAUGUGCGGUGUGCACAUUAGGUCCUACCCAUAGGAAAGCAUUACUUUAAUGCUUUUCUAUGGGGAUUUUACUGACACUGGAUGUCCUCAUGCAGAGCGUGAGGACAUCCAGCAUAAGUUAGGAAGUGCCUCUAGAGCAGUGAUGGCGAACCUUUUUGAGCUCGAGUGCCCAAACCGCAAAGUGCCAACACUGCAAUUCCACUCCCCCAGCAUCUCCUUCUCCUCUCCCCCAUUCUCCCCUCAGAAUCUCCUCCUCCUUUCCUCCAGAUUCUCCUCUUCCUCUCCCCCAGAUUCUCCUUUUCCUCUCCCCUUCUCCCCCAGCAUCUCCUCCUCCUCUUCCUCUCCCCAGCAUCUCCACCUCCUCUCCCCCAGAGUCUCCUCUUCCUCUCCCCCAGCAUCUCCUCUUCCUCUCCCCCAGCAUCUCCUCCUCCUCCUCUUCCCCCAGAUUCUCCUCUCUUUCUCUUUCUCUUCUUCUCCCCAGUCUCCCUCCCUCUACUUCUCCCCAGCAUCUCAUCCUCCUUCUCUUCUCCCUCCUCUACUCCCCAGAUUCUCCUCUUCUUCUCCCCCAGCAUCUCCUCUUCCUCUCCUCCAGAUUCUCCUCUUCCUCUCCCCCAGCAUCUCCUCCUCCUCUCCCCCAGAUUCUCCUCUUCCUCUCCCUUUCUCCCCACAGCAUCUCCUCUUUCUCUCCCAUCGCAUCUCUUCCUCUCCCCUUCUCUCCACAGCAUCUCCUCCUCUUGUCUCUCCACAGCAUCUCCUCCUCUUGUCUCUCCACAGCAUCUCCUCCUCUUGUCUCUCCACAGCAUCUCCUCCUCUUGUCUCUCCACAGCAUCUCCUCCUCUUGUCUCUCCACAGCAUCUCCUCCUCUUGUCUCUCCACAGCAUCUCCUCCUCUUCUCUCUCCACAGCAUCUCCUCCUCUUCUCUCCCCACAGCAUCUCCUCUUCCUCUCCCCCAGAUUCUCCUCUUUCUCUCCCUUUCUCCACUUCUCUCCCUGCAGCAUCUUCCCCUGGUGCGGGUGGGGGUUUGAAGUCCACCCAGGCUCCCUACCUGGUGGAUCCGAUUCCUUCCCGCUGCUAUGAGGGAGUGUGGGCGCGAGGGAGCACUGACUUACGUGCUGUUGCAGCACUGCUCCCUCCGCUGAGAAACAGGAAAUUACGUCAAUCACACAUCGACUGCUGAAUACAUACACACACCGACACACACAGUGCGCUGAAUACAUACACACAGUCCGCUGAAUACAUACACACAGUCCGCUGCAUACAUGCACACAGUCUGCUAAAUACACACACAGACUGCUGAAUAUGUACACACAGUCCGCUGAAUACACACACAGACUGCUGAAUACAUACACACUGCUGACUACACACACAGAAUGCCGAGUACACACACACACACACACACACAGACAUACAGAUUGCUGAAUCUAACACAGAAACACACACACAUACUGCAUUGAGGGGUGCAGUGUAUGUAUUUGUGUGUACGUGUGUGAAGUGCUGUGUGUGUGUGAGGGGUGCUGUGUGUGUGUGUGAGGGGUGCUGUGUGUGUGUGUGUGUGUGGGGUGCGGGGGGUGCUGGGUGUGUGUGUGGAGGGGGUGCUGUGUGUGUGUGGGUGCUGGGUGUGUGUGUGUGUAUGUGUGCGAGGGGUGCUGUGUGUGUGCGCUGUGGGUGCUGUGUGUGUGCAGGGGUGCUGGGAGGGGAGUGCUGUGUGUGUCUGUGGGGGGGUGCUGUGUGUGUGUGUACGAGGGGUGCUGCAAAUAUAUUAAUAAAAUCUGUGACCCCUUCUCCUUUCUUCUUACCUUUGGUGAAGGGGGGGGGACACAGCCAGCCCUGGUGGUCCGGUGGUGGUAAGAGAGACAGGUUCGCCAGCUCUCUUAUUCUCCCGCGAGCAGAAUGCUGUAUGGAGCUUUGCCAUGGUAACACGCGCCAACAUGGAAACAGAGUAGGCACCUGCCAUUUUCUGCAACCAGGAAGGUGCCUACUCUGACAUUCAGCCGACCGGCGAUCUAUGGCUGCGUGCCCACAAAGAGGGCCCGGCGUGCCGCCUGUGGCACGCAUGCCAUAGGUUCACCAUCACUGCUCUAGAGGGUGUCUAAUUGACAAUCACUAGAGGGAAUCUUAGUCCUGCAAAGUUUCUCAAAACUGCAAUGAUUUACAUUGUAGGACCAAGUGGGACAGGGACAGUGCAAGCCAGACCACUUCAAUGAGAUGAAGUGGUUUUAGUGACUAUAUUGUCCCUUUAAUGCUUAAAGUGCUGACAUAUAUAGUGAAUUAAGAAGACUUACAAGAAAAAUCAGUUGACAAUAACAAGAGUAACUACCUUUUGGUCCAAAUCAUGCGUUACUGCCCUUUUAGACAUGACUUCUAGGCUCAUUUAUUUAUUUCUCAUUUUGUCUCUGCCAGUAAUCAGCAUGUGUGAUACACACUCCAAGCCAAUCAAGCUGAUUGCUGCUGCAUGCAAGAACCUGGGCAUUGGCCUGAAAGGAAACUUACCAUGGCAUUUACCGUAAGUACUGUAGGAAAGCUUAGCUGCAAUGCACCCUUUAUACCGGCUGCAAAGUUGGGAGGUAUGAUGGAGAAGAUGAAGUAGAAGGGGAUCAGCUAAUGCAGGCCUUCCUCUCCCACACAAGAGGAUCCACAAUGGCUCACCUCACCAGGCAUUGCAGCUACGGAUUUCCUGUGAUAGCCAGGUCUAUAUACCUGUAUAAAACCUUCUGGCACAGAAUAUCCAGAUCGACCAUUAUUAAAACACUUCCAGUGAUCCCCAAAUUUACAGGGACACCCACAGAGAACAUCUUACACCCAUAGCAUAUAUUAUGAUGUAAGGAGGUUCACUGUGCAUGAAACCCUGUCAGUUUUGUCCACAAUGUCAUAGGAGGAAGUCCAGACUCCUUAAACGCGAAUAAGAAACAGAAUUACUUCCUGACCUGGAUGGAGUUAUAUGCGGCUUCUCUUGUGCUUUUUAACAUUUAAUUUUAAUGAUUAUGAAACAAAUACAGUAAAUGCCAUGCAUUGACAGUAAAAAACAAUGUAUCUUAAAUACUCCAACUGAUUUCUAAACAUGUGUAUUGUAGUUUUAAAACAAAUUACUGUGAGUAUUUUUGCUGAGGAGCUCUGUUAUACACUCAGGCACACCAACAAUAUGGAUCUCCUAGAAAAGAGGCACAGACAAAUUUGGUCCCAAAAUAGGAACUGUCCCACCUAAAUAGGGACAUUUGUAAGGCUUCAUAAUGCAGUAAUUGCAAUAAGAACGGCUGUAAGUUCAAUGGGAAAUAUACAACAAACAUUAAAGGGACUCUCCAGGCAUCAUAACAACUUCAUUUAAAUGAAGUUGUUAUGGUGCCAGGAGACGCCUCGAGGCACUCUUACCUCAAGGGGUUGAUCUGUUCUCGAACGCAAAGUUUCCUCAAGUGGUGAUGUCCACUCACCCCAGGCAGCAUCCUGCUUCUGUUUUUUCAGAUUCAGGAAGUUCGGUGUUCCACCAGGCAGAGGUGCACUGAUUGGCUGAGAGCUGUCAGCUGGCGCUCUCAGCCAACCAGUGACUUACCAUUCACAAUUGUGGCUUAAAAAAUGUACAUUUAUAUCCCAGCCAUUUGAUUUUUGAAUGGGGAGUCACUGUUUGGCUGAGAGCAUCAGCUGACCACCUUCAGCCAAUCAGAAGCAUCCCUAUCUGGCAGUACUCCUGAAACUGAAAUUUCAGAAGCCAGAUGCCAUCUUGGGGGGAGUGGACAUCGCUUCUGGAGGCAACUUUGAGGUUAAGUUGUUUCAAAUUGCAGUAUUUCAAAGUUAAGACCAACAAUAAAACUAUAGAAAAAUUAUUAAAAAUUUAAUUUCAUGAGCUCUACUUUUUAAAGGGAUACUAUAGUCACAAGAACAAUUACAGCUUAUUGUAUUUGUUCUGGUGAGUAGAAUCAUUACCUUCAGGCUUUUUGCUGUAAACACUGUCGUUUCAGAGAAAAUGUUUACAUGUUGCAAUGUUUACAUUACAGCCUAUAGUGAUCCUUUAAUAAAAGGAAAGCCACAUGUGAAGGUAUGUUUCACUGACUGAGAAAAAGCAUGCUUUGUUUGUUGGUAUAUCUACUAAGUUGAACAAAUUUCAAUGGCUUGUAUGAAGUAAUAAAGAUACAUUGUUCUCUUGAUAGAUUAGUUGUGUAAAUAAAAUAUACAUAUACAGUGGAACCUCGGAACUCGAACUUAAUCCGUUCCAGAAGCAUGUACGAGUUCCGAUUUGUUUGAGAACCGAAUCAACAUUAAUUAAUGUAAAUUUGAUUAGUCCAUUCAAGAGCCCCAAAAUUACAGCAUUUUAAUACAAAUUUUACAGUUUAAUAAAACCUUACAUGCAUAAAAUCAUAUAGAAAAAAAUUAUAAACACAAUGUACAGUAAAUGAAAAGAAAAUGUAACUUCACUUUACCUAUAAUGAUGAGAGUUGAUGGUGUAAGUGGAAAGGAGAAGAAUAAUUACUGUUUGGAUGCGGAUAGGUAAAUGUUCUUCUAGCAUUUAAAAUGUGUCUAAGGUGAGAUAUAGCUUUAUAAUUGGACAUGUUUUUGGCAUGAUUUGUACCAGUACCGAGGAUCGUUCGUGUACCAAGACAUUUUUUUAUCAAAUUUUUUGUUGGACUACUGAAUUGUUCUGGUAAGAGACCGUUCGAGUUCCGAGGUUCCAGAGUGUGUGUGUGUAUAUGUGUAUAUAUAUAUAUAUAUAUAUAUAUAUAUAUAUAUAUAUUGAUCCUUGUUUGCAGGUAGCACAGUCCUCUAGGGCAAAAACAUGCACAGUCCUUGUAAUUGCAUAUACUCCAGGCACUUUAUUUGUAAAUCCACACAGGAUACAGCAGUAAAUGAAAACAUAAAUGUAACACAAAACCCUAUAAACAAAAACCUAGCGCGUCUGAGCACUAACUGACAUUAGGUUCCCUAUCUCUCAGGGUUAAACUAAACCAAACAAUAUUGCACCAACCUUAUUAGAUAGCAACACUCUGCUAGCUAGCCUGUUGCUUUCCUUUCUGCACUCCCAGUGCUCCAAGCCAGCCUUGCCCUGACUGCUUUCCUUUCUGCACUCCCAAUGCCUAGUCUCCUUGACUCUCUAUAUGGAGAGAACAGCCUCUCUCCUACCUGCUUCCUGGGAGGAAGCCAGCAAUCCCUCUCCUUUUCCUGCCUAGCCGGGAGGGUUUUUUUCCCACUGCAAUAGCUCAUUAACUGCAGCUGAGCAGUGGGUUGGAGACGGUCCAAAAAACCCUGGCCUGGAUCUAUGUCUCCCCAGAAAACCACUAAACUGUGGAGUGGAGCAUUGGCCCACCCUUCUCUCCAAAUGCUCCAUCCCAGGGGCCCAUAACUAAACAAUGCUUUGUGUUGUGCAACACACAAACUACACAUACUCCCCCUGGGGUUAAAAGGCCUAUCUGCCUUCACUUUAUCACAAUAUAUAGAGAGAGAGACAGAGAUAAUUUUCCCCCCUCUUUUUUGUUCACUUUUUUUUUAACUUAAUCUCUGGACUAGAUGCUGGAAAAAUGAGCCUAUCAGUUUAUGAUAAAAUAUAUACAUAGUUAUAUUAUAUAUAUUUUGCAGUUCACUGAUGGCCCAUUUUCGUGCCGUUUUGAUUUUUUUUUUUUUCCUGAAGUUUUUCCACGGACAAAAUUCCUACUAGCUUUAUUUAUUUUUCUCGGACAAAGUAGUUAAGCCCGGCGCAAUUAAUUCUGCCAUGAAUAUGUCUAGUAUAAUGGAUUACAUUUGAUAUUGAUAAUGGUAAAUAUACCACAAUUAACUUAUUUACUAAUGAGCAUGCAAUAAUCAGGAAAUACUGGAUUUAUUUCCUGCUGUUUCACAUAUACUGCAUGCAACAAUAAUUUAGUACACUUAUUAAAUGAUUAUCUGUGUUAUUGAUGCUAGUGUAUAAAGUGUGGGAAUUUCUUGUUCAUGAAUGAGCUGCAUUUUAGUAUGCAUUUAUAGAAUUUCAUGUAACCAGAUUUUUAUAGCAAUGUCACAAAAUGUUCCAUGAGUCAUGUUUAACAGUGAAGUCUAGGAUUCCAUGUAUUUCAAAGCAUUUUUCAGCAGCAGUAAAUACGCAUUGUGCAAUCUGUAUUUUGUAAUGUUUUUUCAGAUUGACGAAGUAUGUUAGGACAAGGAGCCCUGCAUUUCUCAAUGUCACUUAAGUGUACAAAUUAGAUUAUGCCCAUCCAAAGAAUGGUCAUCCAAAAACUAGUAGUUGUCAUUUGGAUUUUAAGCCAUGUCAAGGGUAAAUAUUUGGGUGACCUGGCUGCUAGGAAAUGUGGACAUGCCCUCUUUAUGAACCAUUGAGAAUGCUGACAGGAAUGCCUUAGCAAAGUGGUUCCCAACCCACUCCUCAAGUACACCAAAACAGUCCAGGAUUUGCAGAUUACCCAUUUGUGUCUAAGGUGUUUUUAGAAAAAGAAAACACUUUAGACAUAUCAGGGUAAUUCCUAAAUCCAGGACUGGGAGCGGAUACUUGAAACUGGGUUGGGAACCCCUGUCUUAGCAUAUACAUUACAUAUAUGGGUUGUGUUUCCUGUUUAUGAUGUUAUAUGUGGUAAUGUGUAGGUAAAAUCUCUUUAUCUUUUGCAAAUAUGGGAUAUUUACUUCAUGGCUAAAAUGCCAAUCCGUCAAAGUUUUUGGUUUAGUGAAUAAGUCCCAAUGGUAAAUGAUGAUCAAUAAUGCUUUCAAAACUUUAAUUGCAGGAAUGAAUAUAAGUAUUUCAUCAACAAGGUAACUUCAGUCACACAGCCAGGUAGGUAUUACACUAGAAUGUCAUAGAUAAGAAACAGAAGCUACCAAUUUUUAAACUUUCAAGAAUGUGGUGGUAGAUGAGGUGGUUUUCAUUACUAGUAAAGCACCCCUGCACUACCUUUAGUACAUUUCUUUGGAUGCAAUAAUAAGUUUACACAUUAAUAUGUUCAUGCAUAAACAGAAACACACAUGCACAGAGGCACACAGAAACGGUUAUAAAAAGAGACACAUAUACAUUUUCAUGCACAGUCAUAUUGCUCAGAAUCUCGGUCCGUCUUUCCCCUUAUUUGUACGUCUCUUCCAAUCUCCCUUCAUUCUCUGUUUGUUUUACACACCAUAUAUAUAUAUAUAUAUAUAUAUAUAUAUAUAUAUAUAUAUAUAUAUAUAUAUACAGGGAGUGCAGAAUUAUUAGGCAAAUGAGUAUUUUGACCACAUCAUCCUCUUUAUGCAUGUUGUCUUACUCCAAGCUGUAUAGGCUCGAAAGCCUACUACCAAUUAAGCAUAUUAGGUGAUGUGCAUCUCUGUAAUGAGAAGGGGUGUGGUCUAAUGACAUCAACACCCUAUAUCAGGUGUGCAUAAUUAUUAGGCAACUUCCUUUCCUUUGGCAAAAUGGGUCAAAAGAAGGACUUGACAGGCUCAGAAAAGUCAAAAAUAGUGAGAUAUCUUGCAGAGGGAUGCAGCACUCUUAAAAUUGCAAAGCUUCUGAAGCGUGAUCAUCGAACAAUCAAGCGUUUCAUUCAAAAUAGUCAACAGGGUCGCAAGAAGCGUGUGGAAAAACCAAGGCGCAAAAUAACUGCCCAUGAACUGAGAAAAGUCAAGCGUGCAGCUGCCACGAUGCCACUUGCCACCAGUUUGGCCAUAUUUCAGAGCUGCAACAUCACUGGAGUGCCCAAAAGCACAAGGUGUGCAAUACUCAGAGACAUGGCCAAGGUAAGAAAGGCUGAAAGACGACCACCACUGAACAAGACACACAAGCUGAAACGUCAAGACUGGGCCAAGAAAUAUCUCAAGACUGAUUUUUCUAAGGUUUUAUGGACUGAUGAAAUGAGAGUGAGUCUUGAUGGGCCAGAUGGAUGGGCCCGUGGCUGGAUUGGUAAAGGGCAGAGAGCUCCAGUCCGACUCAGACGCCAGCAAGGUGGAGGUGGAGUACUGGUUUGGGCUGGUAUCAUCAAAGAUGAGCUUGUGGGGCCUUUUCGGGUUGAGGAUGGAGUCAAGCUCAACUCCCAGUCCUACUGCCAGUUCCUGGAAGACACCUUCUUCAAGCAGUGGUACAGGAAGAAGUCUGCAUCCUUCAAGAAAAACAUGAUUUUCAUGCAGGACAAUGCUCCAUCACACGCGUCCAAGUACUCCACAGCGUGGCUGGCAAGAAAGGGUAUAAAAGAAGAAAAUCUAAUGACAUGGCCUCCUUGUUCACCUGAUCUGAACCCCAUUGAGAACCUGUGGUCCAUCAUCAAAUGUGAGAUUUACAAGGAGGGAAAACAGUACACCUCUCUGAACAGUGUCUGGGAGGCUGUGGUUGCUGCUGCACGCAAUGUUGAUGGUGAACAGAUCAAAACACUGACAGAAUCCAUGGAUGGCAGGCUUUUGAGUGUCCUUGCAAAGAAAGGUGGCUAUAUUGGUCACUGAUUUGUUUUUGUUUUGUUUUUGAAUGUCAGAAAUGUAUAUUUGUGAAUGUUGAGAUGUUAUAUUGGUUUCACUGGUAAUAAUAAAUAAUUGAAAUGGGUAUAUAUUUGUUUUUUGUUAAGUUGCCUAAUAAUUAUGCACAGUAAUAGUCACCUGCACACACAGAUAUCCCCCUAACAUAGCUAUAACUAAAAACAAACUAAAAACUACUUCCAAAAAUAUUCAGCUUUGAUAUUAAUGAGUUUUUUGGGUUCAUUGAGAACAUGGUUGUUGUUCAAUAAUAAAAUUAAUCCUCAAAAAUACAACUUGCCUAAUAAUUCUGCACUCCCUGUAUACACACACAAAGUAAAGACAGGAGCACUCUCGCGGUUUUCCAUCUUGAUAAAGACCCUAAAGGGUCGAAACAUUAAUGUAUAGGUGGUGAUAAUUUUUGAAAUAUAAUUGGAAAACUGAGAGAGUGCUCCUGUCUUUACUUUGUUUAUAUGCCCUUCUUGGAAGCACCUGGGUAAAGUUUCUUUGUCUACACCAGUGGUUCUCAAACCAGUCCUCAAGGCCCACCAACAGUCCAAGAUUUAUGUAUUUCCCUGUUUUAUUCCAAUGGAGAUACUAACAAAACGUGGACUGUUGGUGGGUCUUGAGGACUGGUUUGAGAACCACUGGUCUAAAUGUUUGGGGUUGAGUGCCAGAGUCUGGACAUUAUAUAUAUAUAUAUAUAUAUAUAUAUAUAUAUAUAUAUAUAUAUAUAUCUCUUACCAUUAUCUCGUUUUUGGUCUGUCUUUAUCUCCACAUUUCCCCUUGUUUUGGGUUGAUAGCCCUUCUUAGUAUCUUUCUUUCCCAUCUAAUUUUCUGUGUGCGCAUUUCUCUCUCUUUCUUUCAAUCAAUCUCUAUCCAUGUCUCUGUCUCACCCUUCAACCUCUGGAAUUCCUCCUGCUCAAUUUAUGUUAUAGUACAACCAAGCAGUGUGUUGGUGAAGGGCUAGGGUGCUUUAUCUUUGGUUUUAUAGUUGCCUAUUUAAUGAAUAAGCCCAACAAAUCCAGUUCCCUCAGGUUUUUUUUUUUUUCUUUGCAGGGCAAUUUGAAAAAUUGGCCAGGGGUAUUGCACAUUUUAGUCCAAAAUAGCCAAUAUGUUAACUAUUGGCAAUCUUACAGCUAUUAUGGCCUAGAAUUUCUAAUUCGAUUGCCAGUUCCUCAAUCUCAGUUUAAUGAGAACCUCAGAAAUGUUUGGUGAUCUAAAAAUGUGCAUAUAGCGCCAUCUACUGUAGUUUUUUUUUUUUUUUCUACAAACAGAUUAAUGUAAAUUAAUUAAUGCAUCUACAUUAUACUGUUUUUAUUUAAAUUACAUUUGUGAUGGAGAAUUCAAAUUAAAGUGCAGGCAAUGAUGUACUCAAUCACCUGGCACAAUCUGUUACUCCUUACUACAAAGACAUUUUGCAUGAAGGUCUCUAGUCCCAUCAUUCACAGUGACUAUACUACUACAAAGCAUAGGGAGGGGACACUAAAUGCCAGUGAUAACAAAAUUAAGUUGCCUUAUCCCUCCACCUUCUCCUAAAUAUAUGUAUAAAUGUUACUCAUCAUUCUCCCCCAAAAAGUUGAAUAAAAUAUUUGUAUAAAGCAUACAUUGACCAAGCUUUAUCGGACAAGAUUUCCGCUCCUCAUCUUCGUCAACCCACUGAAACAGAUAUACAUUAAAAUAAAAAGAUAUCUGUACUUCUUUCCCCUUCAAAGUUUAUAAGGAAAUUAAAUAAUUAGGCAAAUAUUAAAUGUACAAUUAACAAUUGCAAUGACAAUUUGGUAUGGUAACUACUCACAACACGUGAAAAUUGUAUAUAAAAUGAAUAUUAAAAAUUAAGGGAAAAAAACUAUUUUCUUUUACUUACCUUAAUUCCAGGCUAGGCUAGUAAGGUCUCCUCCUCAACCAAUGUCAUGGUGGGACCUAGUGCACAUUAAAGCUUCUCCAUAGGCAGGGCCGCCAUCAGAAAUUUUGGGACCCCUAACACAGCUCAGGGUCUGGGCCCCCAGGAUCUCGCCUCCAAUCCCGCCCCCAGGCCUGCCUUUAAAUCCCACUCACAGGAAUACACACACAAACACAGGCACUGAUACAAAAGGACACAAAUACACACACACACAAAGAUACACACUUACUCACACACACACACACACAUACAUACUAACAGACACACAUACUGAAACAGACAUACACACAUAUAGGCAUACAUAACGACACACACAUAUUGAAACAGACAUACACAAAUAUACAGACACAGACAUACAUAAUGACACACACACAUACAUACAGACAUACAAACAGACAUACAGACAGACAUACUGACAGACAGACAUACACACACAGCUAAUUUUUCAGCCAGUGUUUCUUACCUUUUCGUUGCAGGAGGGUGGCUGGGGCUAAUGGGAGUUGGUGUGGGCUCUUCCUCUUCACAACCUCCACACUGUCUCUCACUUCCUCCCAGCGCUACUUGUGGUGUGGCUGCUAUUUUUUUUAAAGGCGCCUGGUCGCGCUAUUACACGGCCGCAGCGCUGACCGGGCCCCUGAAGAUAUAGGGCCCAUCAGCUGGCCCUAAAUGCUUGGACCACCUGAUGGGCCCCAUCAGCGUGCGGGCCCCAUUGCAACUGCACCGGCGGCAGUUCCGGCGCUACACAUUGGGCCCGUGCCGAGCCAGUGACAGCCGUCAUGGUGGUCACCCCCUGAUGGCGGCCCUGUCCAUAGGAAACCAUUUAAUCUGUGUUUUCCUAUGGGGAAUGAAGACAGGGAGCCUUCUGCCUACGGACUAGAAGGCGUUUUGGUGGCCUUAACCCAGAAACUGCAACUGUAGGGUUAAAUAGACAGGGGCACUGCACCCAGACCACUUAAAUGAGAUGAAGUAGACUGGGUGCCGAUAGUGUCCCUGAAAAUGUGUAGAGUGUUAAGAUGUCACUCAGCUCUCAAGUCUUAUGAUCUGUUAGGUAAUGUGCACCACCUAAACAGUACACUAGUGUAACAGCCACUGGUGUAUUUAGCCCAAGGCUAACUAGGCAUUUGCCUUGGGCGGCACUAACCAGGGGCGGCAAAAAAUGCCCUUGGUGUUCCAUCUGUCCCUGGGGUCCAGUGGGGCUGCUGGGAGGUGUGCCUCUGUGUUCGAAUCAGAGGUGGCGUGGGAGUUGUGAUCUGCGCUGUUUGCUGAUGCAGCUGGAGCCGGAAUAUGGCAUCAGUAGAUGGCCCGCAAGGGACGAUAGAGUGGAGCAGGGAGAUCACAGCUCCAUCACCGCCUCUGAUUCGAACACAGACGCACGCCUCCCAGCAGCCCCACUGGACCCCGGGGACAGAUCCACGCCAGCCCUCCAGGUAGAGAGGCUGGGUAGGAAAUGUUAAUUAUAAUAAUUUGUGGGUGUGUGUAUGAGUGUAUGUGAGUGCAUGGGUGUGUGUGUGUAUGUGAGUGUUUGUCAAAUCAGUGAAAGUCUGUUUGUCAUUCAGUGUGUGUGUCUGACAAUGAGUGUCUGUCAGUGUUUGUGUGUCUGUCAGUGUGUGUGUGUCUGUGAAUGUGUGUGUGCCAAAUCAGUGAGUUUGUGUCUGUCAGUGAUGUCUGUGUGUAUGUGACUGUCAGUGUGUCAGGGCCGGCCUUUGUGGUGUGCGAGCCGCGCGGCCGCACAUGGCGCCAUGCAACAGGGGCACCGGCAGCCAACACAGCUCACACAUGUUUGGACCCUAGGGCUUCCAUUGCUCUCUCUGGCACUCAGGAGGUUAUUAUGGAGUAGAGCCAUGGGAGAGUAACCAGGCAGAAGCAGCACACAGACAGGGCCAGUGCAAGUAUUUUUGCCGCCCUAGGCAAAAUAAAAAUUUGCCGCCGCCCCCCAUGUGACAUCACAAUGCUCCACCCAUAUGAUCUGCCAUAUGAACUAACACCAGUGCUGCACACAGUGUGUGUUUACAUUAAAAAGCCUGCAGGGACAGGCUAUAGACACCAGAACCACUUCAUUAAGCUGCAGUGGUUCUGGUGACUAUAGUGUCCCUUUAAUGUGAGGUAAAUUAGAGAUUAGUGUCACUAAUAAUAUACUAGAUUGCCUACUUACAAAAGAUGAGGAUUGUGAUGGGUUCUAGCUGCAGUUUGGCUCCACUGGUAUGAUGUAGAACAGGAUCUCUGGAGGCUGUUUGUAACUGUGGUCACAAAAUUCAAUGUUCUGGGAGAACGUAAAGCAGCUCCAUUUUUUUGGGCCCCUUGCACAGCUCAAGGUCUGGGCCCCAGGGCCUGACGGUGAGUAUGCCCAUAAGGCCCACCCAUAAGUCCACCUAUAUGUUCCACCCAUGAGUUCGCUCAGAAGGAGUAGAGUGUGUAGGGGAUGUGUUGUGUGUUAUUGUAGAGGAUCUAAUGUGUGUGCUUAUGGAAUGUAGUGUAUAGGGAUACCAGUUUGUGUAGGUGAUGCAGUGUGUUUGUGUUUAGUGGAAGCAGUGUGUGUUUGUGCAUAAGGGAUGUGUUGUGUGUAAGGGAUGCAUUGUGUGAAUCUGUGUCUGUAUGCAUAAGGGAUGCAAGGUGUGUGUCUAAGUGUGUGUAUUGAGUGUGUGUAAGAAAUGCAUUGUGUUUCUGUGUCUAUGUAAAAGAAACAGUGUGUGUGUGUUUGCAUGUGUGUGUAAGGGAUGCAUUAUGUGUUUCUGUGUAUGUGUGCAAAGGAUGCAUUGUCUUUGUGUGUAAGGGUUGCAUUGUGCGUGUCUGUGUGUAGGCAUGCGCAGGGCCGGCCUUAGGCCUUUAGGCGCCCUGUGCGAAAAAUAUUCACAGCGCCCCUCCAUGGUCACAUGCCCUCGUACAUCUUGUAAAAAGUGCUAAGCCUCUAUUACAUAGGUGUUACGUAUUAACGUGAUUUCUGGGCAUAUCAUGCAUAUACACGUAUAUUAAUACAUUUGUAAAUAUUAUAGGUGUAAUAACACAUAUAAUAAUAAUAAUAAUAAUAAUACACCCAUAUUAAUAUACAUGUAUAUUUAAAUAUUACUCUUAGAAAUCAUGAGCAGAAAAUUAUAUAUAUAUAUGGGCUAGAAGAAUUCCUCCCACGUGUAUAGAUUUGGGAAAAACAAACCUAUGUGAAGGCAUACUCAAGCAUUAGGAGUAAAAACACAUUUCUAACAAGAGUGUCCUGACUCCCUGAAAUUGCCAUGCCAUUAUGUUGUGUGUGGAAUAGGGAUGCAGUGUGUGUAGGGAAAACAGUGUGGUGUGGGAUAGGGAUGUAGCGUGUGUGUGUGUGUGUGUGUAGGUUAGGUAAUGUGUGUGUGUGUAAAGGAGAUGUAGUGUGUAUGUGUGUAGGAAACAGUGUGUGCAUAGGGUAUAUAGUGUGUAUGUGUUUAGGGAACAUAGUGUGUGUGUGUGUAAAGGGGAUGUAAUGUGUAUGUGUGUAGGAAACAGUGUGUGUGUAUAGGGUAUGUAGUGUGUAUGUGUUUAGGGAACAUAGUGUGUGUGUAUAGGGAAUGUAGUGUGUAUGGGUGCAAGUUAUGUAGUGUGUAUAUAUAGGGAGCAUAGUGUGUCUGUACGUUUUGUAGUGUUUGUGAGAUAUCUAGUGUGUAUGUGUGUAGAGAACAAAGUGUGUUUAUAGGGAACGUUCUGUGUGAGUAGAUUAUGUAGUGUGUGAGUAGAUUAUGUGGUGUGCGUGUGUGUGUGGAUUAUAUAGUGCGUAUGUGAGUAGAUUAUGUAGUGCGCGUGUGUGUGUGAGUAGAUUAUGUAGUGCGCGUGUGUGUGUGAGUAGAUUAUGUAGUGUGUGUAUAGGGGAUGUUGUGUGUGAGUAGAUUAUGUAGUGUGUGUAUAGGGGAUGUUGUGUGUGAGUAGAUUAUGUAGUGUGUGUAUAGGGGAUGUUGUGUGUGAGUAGAUUAUGUAGUGUGUGUAUGUGUGUGUGUGUUAUGGAGUGUGUGUAGGUAACACAGUAAGGGUGGGAUAGUGAUGAUUUGUGGGUAGGAGGGGGUGACAUAAGGCUUUAAAUGAGGAGAUGGGAGAGCAAUUUCAGGUUUUGUUUUCUUAAAAUUAAUUAAUGUUGAUUCGCCCCUUCUGCCCCCCUCCCUCUUGCAUACCUUUGGGCAGGGAUGGGGGAAUACUGAUGACCUGGUGGUCCAGCGGUCUCUGCCAGUCCUUGCAGAACAGGAGCCCUCCUCUUGCGAGCUCUGCGUUGAUAGUAUGAGAGCGUUGCCACGGCAACACUCUGAAUGCCAAGCUCGCGAGAGGAGAGCAGAUUUAAAGCGCUCAAUGCUCGCUCCCAUCAUCCAAACAGCGGCCAGUGAGGGAGGUCCUCAAUCUACUCACCAGCCAAUACCAAAGCAGAGCGCACUCUGUAAGGGUCGACCAGCUGGGGCGCAAUCUUUCACCCACCAGAGCGCUCUGAGGUAGGGCAGGACCUGGUUGUGCGAGCUGUGUUGGUUGCCCGGCGCCCCUGUUGGCAUGGCGCCCUGUGCGGCCGCACAGCUCGCACACCCCUAAGGCCGGCCCUGGGCAUGCGUUGUGUGUUUCUGUGUAUGUAUAGGGAUGCAUUGUGUGUGUGUGUGCACGUAGUGUGAAAGAGCUCCCUGUCCUGCCCCCUGUCCUAUUGAGCUCUCACUUCUGUCCCUUACAGCUCUCCCCCUACCCUCCCCUAGCGGUCUCUUCUCACACACCCCCCCCCCACCCUCCCUGUGUUCUUCUCACCUCCCCUUCUCCUCACUCCCUCUCCCUGUGUUCUUCUCACUCCCCCUGUGUUCUUUCCUCACUACCCUGUUCUUCCUCACCACCCCCCUCAUCUCCCUUUCUCCUCACACCUGUGUUCAUCUUACUCCCCCUUCCUCCUUCUUCUUACUCCCACCUCCCCUUCUUCUUACCUCCCUUUUCUUACUCCCCUCCCCUUCUUCUACUCCCACUCCCUCCCCUUCUUCUACUUCCUCCCUGUUUUCUUCUUACCCCCCUCUUCUUCUUACUCCCCCCUCCCCCAGUUUUUCUUACAUCCCCGCCCACUGUGUUCUCCUCACCUCCCCUUUCCUCUAGCGAGUUUCUGUUUCCUGUACCCGGCCGGACUGACAGGAAGUGCACACUAAGUGUGCACUUCCUGUCAGUCCAGCCGGGCACCGCGGACCGGAGAGGAGCUCAGCCAUGCUACAGGGAAGGGGAGGUGAGGAGAGAGGCAGUGCUGCAGCCGCCUGAUGCUCUCUAUAGAGCACUCAGGCGGCUGCAGCCUUAGGGCCGGUAAUGAAGGCGCAGGGCGUCCCCUCCUAUAUGGUGCUCUAGGCGGCUGCCUAGUUUGCCUUAUAGGAAGCGCCGGCCCUGCACACAGAUCAUAACAUUCAUGGCUUCGGUGAACUCCAAGCGCCUGAUUAGAGACAUGCAGUGUAAAAUGGGCUGUGAGUGGCUGCAGAGGUAAGGGUAGGAGUCAGUAAAGGAGCAGACACUCACUUUCCAAUCAGAUCCCCUGUGCCUAUACACCCAGUAAGCAUGUACCUCCAGCCCCCCCUCCUGUCCUUGGCUGCAAGCCACUUGCCAGCAUUUUACAGUACUGGCCUCUUUCAUGGCCUCUGUGUUGCCUGUAGAUUCCCCUCAGAGGAGUGUAAGCACCUCACAGCCUUCCUUCCCCUGCUGCUGUGUGACACCCUGCAGAUCAGCUAAUCCUGUCUGGGAGCUAUUGGCUGCUGCAGGUCAGUACUCUAUGAUCUGAUGUAUCUAUUAACUGUCUGUUAGUGCCCCAUCUCUGCCAGGCUCCAACCAUUACAAUCCUGUAGGAUCUGCUAAACUAAUGUCUCCGUAAACCACACAUUGGAAAUAUGCAUCUGUAAACUGUUGUAUGUCAGUGUCUGUAUGUGUUAUAAGGAGCAACUCUCAGUGUCUGUGUGACAGUGUUUAUGGCAGGGUAUGUGCCAGUGUUUGUUUGUGUGUGUGUGUGUGUGCGUUUGUGUGUGUUUCAGUUAGUGCUUGUGACCGUGAAUGCCUGUGGCAGUGAGUUCUUGGGUCAAUGCGUGUUAGUAUUUGUGCCAAUGUGUGUGUGUGUCAGUGCUUGUGUCAUUGAGUGCUUGAGUCAGUGUGUAUGUAAGUGAGUGAUUGCUCAGAGUGUGUGUCAGUGAGUUCUCGUGUCAAUGUGUGUUAGUGAAUGAUUGUGUCAGUGUGUGGCAGUGAGUGUGUGUUUGUGUGUGUUAGUGAAUGAUUGAUUGUGCCAGUGCUUGUGGCAGUGAGUGUGUGUGUUAGUGAGUGCUUGCUUGGUGUAUGUGUGUCAUUGAGUGCCUGUGUGUUUGUGUCAGUGAGUGCACGUCAGUGUGUUUGUCAUUGACUGUAUGCGUCAUUAUGGGUGUAACUGAGUGCAUCUGACAGUGGUUCUAUGUUUAUGUGUGAUUGUGUGUUUCAGCGAGAGUAUGUGUUGGUGUGCAUACUUUUCUUAAAUAGACCAUUAGCUAUAUAUAGUUUUUUUUCUUACCUUUUUAAUGACAAAUUCAAUUAAAAAAAGGAAGUUUUACUUAAAGGAACACUAUUGUCACCGAGACCACUUCAUCUAAAUGAAGUGGUUUGAGUGCAGAGGCCCUUUUUUGAGAAACUACAAUGUUUAAAUUAAGGUUAAGUCCACCUCUAGUGGCUGUCAGUAUAAGAGCCACUCGAGGUGCUUCUGCUGCACUGACUAAGACUCGCUCACGUGAUGCAGGAGCCCCAUUGGAAAGCGUUGAUUCAAUGCUUUCCUAUGGGAACAUAUAACUGCAUGCACAACACUUGCUUCUCCUGUGUGAGAAGCAUUAAUUUGGAAAUUGGCGCAGUAGGCAAUGUCUUCUCCAUGACAUUGUGGGAGGCGCUGGAAAAAGGUUUAUAAAUCUUUAUUAUUUUCUAAUUUUAAUUGCAAAUGGGAGGGACACAUAUAUAGAGCUAUAAUUAUAUUGCAAUUAUGUUAAAUCAGUAUUUUGAUACAGCUUUAUAAUAUUUUUUUUGUGGGGGGCCAAUAAGGAGGUUUUAAGUGAUGAGCAGUAUUAAUGGGAGGGUGUGGUCAGGAGGCAGUGUGGCCAGAGUAUGGCGCUGUGAAGAUUCUUCGCACAGGGCGCCUACAGGCCCGAGGCCAGCCCUGAGUGUGCAUCUGCCUGUGUGUGUAAGUCAGUGAAUGUGUGUGUGUCAAAUCAAUGAGUCUGUGUCUGUCAGUGACUUCUGUGAGUCUAAAUAGGAAGGGGUGGGUUCUUAAUCAGGAAGAGGUGCAGCCUUGACAGGAAGGGGUGGGGCAAAUUUAGAUUAGGGGGGUGCCCAGGUUUAGUUGUGCCUAGGGCAGCACAAAACCAAAAUACACCACUGGUAACAGCCUAUCAAAUGUGCAUCUGCCAGAACAUUCUGUAUACAUCAUCAUUUAUUUCACCUAACACUGGAUGAAUGAGUUUAUGAAAAAAAUAAAAAUCCUUGCUUGCAGCUCCUAUUUGAUAAAUAAGGCUGAGCCUAAAAUUGUGGGAAGGGUUGCCCGGCCUAUACAUACACAGGCCUCCCCUUCCUCUGGGCUAAUACUUCCUGGUUCAGUCCAAGCCACUUGGCAUUAGCAGGGCCUCGCCUUCCCUUAGUUCAGAUAAUUCUUCGCCAUCCGGCACUUAGCAAGUUGCCAGUUGAUGUAGGGCUACACAGUCAUUGACAAUUCAUCAUAGUAUGUCUCACACAUCUGAAGUAGGAAACAGUGUCACUCACAUGUACUACCACUACAUUUUCCCUCAGCACUGUCCAGCAUACAACUAGCCCGAGUUCUUUGGGAUCUGGGACCUUUCCUAAGUUGCUGCUGAGUGCAGAAGUACAGACAUACCAUUCCAGCUACAGAUUGGAAGCGCGACUGUAUAGCCUCAUUAUUGGUAACUGCAUAACCCCUGACUUGGCGCCAGCACUGUUCCCUCUUAUGGGUUUGUUUCCAUUCCUAGCCAUUGCGCCAGCUUUAGUUUCACAGUCUCUUGCUGGUAUACUAGACUCGAUCUAGAUGCAGUUACCCCCCCACUCCUCUAUGCCUGCGAUCCAGCAUAUCAGAGAGAUUUGGUGCCAUUCCAUGGAAAUUAUGCCUACUCAUAUUGGGAUCUCCGGUCUCUCUGAACUUGGUUCUCUGAACUUGCUGUGUGCAUUUACCACAGGGUUGCUACUUCAUCUCCUACUAAUCAACCUCUCACACAUUUUUCUACUGAAAAUUUGCUGUGACACUUGACACACAUUGCUCAUAAAGACUCGUUCAUAUGGCCGAACUCCCACUGGAACAAGAAAGUCAUUAAUUAUUCCCCCACAAUCUGAUGAUUCCCUUAUUCUCUGGUCAAACACUGUUGCCCACACUGCAUUUGCAGCCAUUUCCGAGGAUUACCAAGUCCAUAACAUAUGUACCUAGUGGCCAGCAGUAAAUCAGAACCUAACCUUGUUAUCAUAACUUCAGUCCCCUUCGCAGUCUACACCAUCAUGACCGCCACGGAUAUAGUCUCGAUAGAGGGGGCAAACUCAAGUCAACAGAAUGUGUAUUCGCUCGGUCCUCCCUGCUAACAAUCACAUAGUUAUUCAGGUAUUGACUAGACUGGCAGCAAUGGCAAUAUUAUCACAUACCAAGCUGUCACAACAUAACAGCCUAUGCCUUUUCUCGCUCUGUUUCGCGUAUUUUACCAUGCGCCCCCAAUAGCUGCCAAAUAUUCUCUCUAAACUCCAACAUUCCAGGGCCUUACUUUGAAUUGACUCCUCUAUGACACCCGGUAGAUUGCUGGCGUAUGCAGCACUCAAUACCAAUGCCUUCCGUUAUAUACUGGAGUUCUGGACAGCUAUUGUACGUUCCCUUCAGCAUAUCAAAUUGUUAAUUCAUACUCAAUAGACCCCACAGUGGCGUUCACAUCCUUUUGCCACCUUAAUCUUAAAAUUAUCUAACAACACCAUUAAACUACUUGGAUACAACCUUCAACAUUUCAAGAUCAUUCUCUUAGUGUUGGCGCUGCUUCUGCAGUGCAGUGGAAUAUCCCAGUACACGUCAUCAAUGACUGGGACGAGGGUAAUCAUCUGCAUACACCAUAAGCAUCCAUCAACCGGAGAGGGAAUUGAGGCAGGCAUUUAAAGUAUAUUUUACUUAAUGUCUCCACAUAUUAAAGUAUUAAACUGUUAAACAUUUUGCCCUCUUUUUACAGGCCUACCUGAACAUCGGUUUCGGGCACACCACAACCGAUUUACAUCACCACUACUAUAACUUGGCUUAUUGUCCCUGACUACAAAUGGAAAGGCAGAGCCGUAGAUGGAGUCUCAAAUUGUGGGAAGGAUUACCCAACCUAUAAAUACACAGGCCUCCCCUUCCUGUGGUCUGAUACUUCCUGGUUCAGCCCACCCACCACUCCCUUUAUGAAGCCAUUCAAUUUUAAUUGGCCCUCUUUUUAUAGGCCUACUUGAACAUCGAUUUUAUGCACACCACAACCAAUUUACACCACCACUACUGUAACUCUGCUUAUUGUCACUGACUACAAUUGGUUGUUAAGAUGCUUUUCUCACAUACAAACACUACUCUGAGAAUUUGAGAUCUAAUUUAACCAUAGCUGAAUAUUCUGACAGUGUGUCUCUUUGUGCAGCUGGAGAGAAAAAUAUAUGUACUGUAAAAAAUCCACUAAGCAUUGAAAGAACUAUUGUUGUUGUAAAUAGUGCAAAAUGCAUUUUUUUAACUUAGUGUUUGUAGCUAUCUCAAAUAUAUCCUAAAAUGUGCAUUUAUGUGAAAAAUAACAUUUUUCCCAAAUACCUACAUUUUCUAACUCACAAUAUAUGCAGAAGUAAUAAAUAAGAAUGGCCUCAUUUUUAGUCAAUAAGCAAGCAUAAUACUAAAAUUUUCCCAAAUUAUUUAACUAAAAUUCAGUAUAUAUCCCAUGUAAGAUGUAGAUACUUAGAUACAGCGUAUAUGCUAUUCAUUCAUAGAAACAUAGAAUGUGACGGCAGAUAAGAACCAUUCGGUCCAUCUAGUCUGCCCAAUUUUCUAAAUACUUUUAUUAGUCCCUGGCCUUAUGUUAUAGCUUAAACUCCUUCACAGUGUUAACCUCUACCAUUUCAGCUGGAAGGCUAUUCCAUGCACCCACUACCCUCUCAGUAAAGUAAUACUUCCUGAUAUUAUUUUUAAAUCUUUGCCCCUCUAAUUUAAGACUAUGUCCUCUUGUUGUGGUAGUUUUUCUUCUUUUAAAUAUAGUCUCCUCCUUUACUGUGUUGAUUCCCUUUAUGCAUUUAAAUAUAUAGCCAAAGCUAUACAUGUUAAGAUCUUUUAACCUUUCCUUGUAAGUUGUAUGCUUUAUAAAAUAUGGGCAGACCUUUCCUUCCUUUGUAAGGUAAUGUGUUUCCUGCACUAUUCAGCUCUUAAUGCAUAUAUAUUUUGCAUGCAGGAAAGAAAAAUUUACUCAUGUUGGGUCGGAUAUCAUUUGGGACAUUUGAUGAGAAGUACUUACCUCUGCCAAACUGUGUUGUUGCACUCCUGAGCAAAAAGGAAAGGUAAUCAAUAUGUAAAUGGACUUGUACUUAGUCAUGAAUUUAAAAUGGAUAUGACAUUUAUUACAUUUCACUAUCAUAGCCACUAAAAGCUAAGAACUAUUAACAAAUAAUGAUGAAAAAAACAUAUAUAGGUGGGCAACAUAUUAUUUAUUAACACAGCGUGUAGAUGUGCAGACAGUGCAACAACUUGUUAACAUUUGCCGGUAGAAGAAGAAAAGAGUUCUGUGACAGGAAGAACAGACGUAGCAUUCUCACUGUUGUCUUGGUAAGAAAGACCCACAAAAAUCUGGCUCUGGGUGGCAAACACCUCCAUUCCAGUAAUAAGGUGAUAUCAAUGACCCUCGUAGUAUUUUUUGUUAUUUAUUACUUUUGUAAUGUGGUAGCUGGCUAGUAAGCAUUUGACCAGCUGCCACAUAUUGAACUCUUGUGCUACCAUGGUUUUUUAAAACGAUUUGCCCGCUGUCUGCUAGUACUGCCAGAUGGAAAAAUAAUUCUUAAAAUUAUAUUUCACUUGCAAAAAAUCCUGCCAGGUGCAUUUGGUUUAUUUUGAGUCGCUAUGCAGUCAUUGAUAAAUCUCCAAUUCCUUGCUGUUAAACUGGAUUGGAUGCAGAUAUUAGUGAUUUACCCAAUGCUUCUGAACAAAUUUUACAGAAUCGGUCAGACAGGCUAAAUCCUGCUCGCAUUUGACUUUAGUAAAUCUGUGAAUCGCCCAUGUGGUCAUAAUUCGGUUAAUUUCACCAGAUUGUGUCCAUUCAGAAAAAAUCUAGUGUUUAGUGAAUAGUACUGUUUAUGCUGCACAUCUCUUUUAAUGUAAUGCAGUAUUAUACUGAAGUACUUAUGCUUCGAUUUAAUAAACUUUCCAAAUGAUCCAAUACUGUUAGAAAAUGGUCAAAUUGUUUAUCUACAAAAAGUCUCAUAGACUUUAAUGGAGACUUCUGUAGAUAAAUAAUUUAGAAAGCUUUUCUAACAGUAUUGAAUUAUUUAGAAACGUGGUUUAAUUGAGGCCUUAAUUAGGCUGUCAUAUUUCUAAUUCUUAAUUUGAAACUAAAUUACUUACUAUGAUACUAUUUAAGCAAUUUGCCAAAACAUGCACAUUAUAUCUGCCGGAAUGAAGAAGAAGUUCUGAAAAUGGCAGUAACACCACCACUAUGUGACGAGGUUGAAACCAUAUGGAUUUUAGGAGGUGUGGAGACCUACAGAGUAAGUACAUAUCAAUAAAAUUCCGAUGAGCGAUAUAUUCAGUUAUAAAAUACUUGUUGAAGGGAAAUUCUUGUUUCAUACAUGUCUCCUUACAUGGUGGUGCACAAUGGAAGAUGGGGACGAUAGAUAUAAUUACCUACAUUAUUAUAAUUGCCUAUAAUUACUCUCAUCAGUUCCACCAUGUUUCUCAUAGUCCUAGUCUUGAGCUACUGCUGAACUGAUGUGCCUGAAGCUGAAUCACUAUUCGAUUUUUAUUUAUUUUUAUUCUUUAUUUUUCGUGCAAGGAUUAAAUACAACUAGGCAAGCAAUGCCACAUUAGCUAUUGCCAGUGUAUUAGUCAACAUAUGGAAACAAUUUUAUGGCACAUCUAAACAUUGCACAUUUCGAUUAUUUUUUUUUCAUUCUUUAUUAAAGAAACACGUGAAGGCAAUUUGACAAAUGGUAUACAUAGGUACAUUAAUGAAGAAUUACAGACAGUAUAGAUACAAUUGCAUACCUUAGUGAUACAUAGAUAGUUUCUACUUUGACUUGUAUAUGAAUUGUGUUGGAUAAUAUUUCCAUCUUUCUUUGAAGAAAAUCUAUUUUUAUAAAAAAAAACUGUAGUAACAGUGUCCCCUUUCUCAGUGUGCUAUUUUAUUAUUAUUAUUUUUUUAGAAAUCUGUAUGAUUAAAUCUAAGUAAGUACUUGUUUUGGGAAAUUCAUCAUUCACCUCUUCACUUAUCUGCUUCUGUCUCUCCCUCUGCCAUUGGGUCUGUUUCCAUGUGGUUAGAAUACUCUAACAAAUAACCUAACCAAGCAACAUACCUUGGUGGCAAAAAAUAGUUAUGGACUGCACAUAGUAAGAACAAAUAAUAAACAAGGAACUAACCAUAUGGGCUAUGAACAAAUAUUACAACAGUUUUAUUUAGAAUACUUAAAUGUUCUGUACUCUCCAACAUUUUUAUUGGGUUGUGUGAAUACUCCUCUGGCAUGUAAGAGGUUAUGAGUAUUUAUUAGUACAGAUACUACACUUCUGGGUGUUAUGGCCACUAUUGGUGCUGGAGGUUUGGACACAUAAUUGCCACUCUAUAUUAAGAGGUUAGAGGCACCCUUGGUACUGUUCAGCUGGAGUUGUGGCAACAUUUUGUACAGUUGGACUGUGCACCUUUUGGCAUCCCUUUUAUAGGCCAGAUGGUUUUUGUUCCUCCACAAUGGCAAAACCAUAAUUUUAAAAUGUAACUUCCUUGUAUUGAUCAGUAUUUUGCCCGUAGACAAUAAAUAAAAACAUUGCUCCUAGAAUGAGUAUCAGAAAGAAAUGUAGGCUUUAUACAUAGUAAUCAUUGAACAUUUGUUUGUUUAAACUAAAGUAUUGUUACUUCAAUAUCAUUUUUCAGACUAUGAUGAAGCAUCCAUGGUGUGAUGAAAUCUAUUUAACAAGGAUUGAGGCUGACUUUGAAUGUGACACAUUUUUCCCUAAGAUAAACCAAGAGGUUUUUUCAUUGAUGGACAAGUAAGUUCUUUACAGCUACAAGUGUAACUAUAAAUGUCAAUCAAUGCAUCUCUAUGAGGAGGUGCUGAUUGGCCAAAACUGUGUUUGGCCCUGCCUCUUGCCGAUUUUAGCCAAUCCAAGGCUUUCCCCAGGGAUACACUAUAUUUGCACUAUAGGGUCAGGAAUACAUGUUUGUGUUCCUGACCCUAUAUAGUGUUCCUUUAAGUAGGCUUAGUGGGGAGCUUAUGGUUAGGCGUGAUGUACGAAAAGGGUUUAGGGUUAACAGGAACUUAAAUUUAGAGAACUACCUGCCUUCAAGGUAUUCUAUACUGUGUCUCCUAUUACUCUAGGUUUUGUCUGUUAAUAUCCAUUGACUAAAAAUAGUAUCCUGGAUAUAAACCUAUUUCUCAGGCAAUCCUAGAAAGCUUAAAGGGACACUCCAGAACCCUAAAUCAUUUUAGCUUGCUGAAGUGAAGUAAAGAGUGUGUACUCUUUUGUCAUAUUACAAAGAUUGUAGAUUUUAAUAGAAAUUGAUCAUAUAACCUGGCUGUCAAUCAGACAACUGGCCCUGUUCCUUCCUGGUUGUUUAGCGCAGUUUAUUUGUGUGUGUGUGUGUAUAUAUAUAUAUAUAUAUAUAUAUAUAUAUAUAUAUAUAUAAUUUAUUUUUUAUAUCAUGCAUUAGAAAAAUAGAAAUUACUUCCAACCCCUGGUGCCACUUAUUAUAUCUGAACAUUUGAUGAACAAUUUUUAAAACAAUGAACACAUACAGGGUAAUGUACUAAAGUGAGUAUUGUUGGGAAUUAAAGUGAUUUUCAAAUUUAAGAGCAAAAAAGAUGAAUAGCCAAACCAGCUAUGCUUCCAGCUUGGCUAUUUUGGUCUACAAUUUCAAAUUCUUUUUGAAGUCCUGGCAAUUCUCGCUUUAGUGAAUAGCUCUGUAAUUAUUUGCUGUUUUUGCUCUUGUUGACAUGACCCCAAAUAGAUUAGUCAAACCAUAUUCUUUGAUUCUGAUACAAAGCUACGAGGAAGUAAAGCCCAUGAUGGCAACACUCAUACAUUAACACAGCAGUAAACUUGAAUUUAAAAGUUACUAUGUCUAAAGUCUAACCGGGUUAUUCACCAUAGUGAAAAUUCAAAAUAAAUCAAUGAGAAUUUCACAUUUUAGGCCAAAGUAGCUAAACUGAAAGCAUAGCUGAGAAUUGUUCCAAUGUGGCUAUUUUGGCCUUAAAUUUUAGAUUCGCCUUGCAUUCUCUCUUUAGUGUAUAACCCUGUAAAACAUUUUUUUUUUAAACAAACAUUUUAUUGAAACCAUGACAAAACUGGCCCAAAGGAAAGCAAUUCCUACGGUACAUGACUAUUCUUGCUCUAUCCCAUUACAGUUACACUUCUCAUUUUAUGAAAAAAAAAAUCCAAUUAAAGUUCAGUUUUUAUAGUGUCAGUGAUUUUUUAUGAGUGUUACAGCAGCACAUUAAUUUUGUAAACAGUUCAGAUCAAUAAGUAAUAACCAUCUCGAAUGCUUACUAGGUGAGGUUUGUAUGUUGGAUCUUUACCCAUUUUAAUUUGGCUGAGGAUAUGUUUGGUUGUUAUGAUUAAUGAGAAUGGAAUAAAUCUGACCUGACAUAUUGAAUUUAAUUAUUUUUUUUUUCUACUUCUGCUUACUUCCUGAAGUUUGCUAAAUUCCCUUUACACUGUAUAGUAGUGUACACAAACCAGAAUAUUGCAUUGCUGAGUUCAAUUCCCAUGUCAGUGUAUUUACCAGCAGGAUAUUAUACAAUACAUAGUAAAUUAAAAAAAAAAAAAAUGUUCUGAUCUAAGAUACCUAAUUAAAGGAACUGUAUAUCACAGCGCCUAAUAACUUUCUAUUUUUAAACAGUGUACUUCAUCUUGACAGGUUUUUUUCCCUCUAUUCAUAUACAAUCAUAAACUUUAUAUUUAUCAAAGUUACUAAAACAACGAUAAAGGAGAGUUGUUGUUUUUUUUUAUAUCUAACAUGUUGCUAAGUAAAGUAAGUGAAAUUACUAGAUUUCGGGAGUUGUGUGAUAAUUUUCUAUAUGAUUAUCAACAUAUUUACACAGAAGUACAAAGGAUUUUGUAUUUUACAAUAUCUAAAUAUAUAUGAUGAGUGAUGUGUUUGUUUGUUUGUUUUUUACUUUGCAGGUAUCCUGGAGUUCCUUCAGAAGUUCAAGAAGAAAAAGGAUUAACUUACGUAUUUCAGGUUUAUAAAAGAAUUGAAAAUAUCAAAUCUUAAUACGAUUUGGAUCAAGGUCUAGAUUUAUCAAGCUGUUACAAGAGCACAUAUGAAUCCAAUAUAUGAAGAAGGAACUGUCACAGAUUUAUUUUUACAUUUCAUUUAGUAUCUGUCCCAGUGGACACACUCUAUUUUUAAAUAACUAAUGGAUGUGUUUAUAAAAUUUUUCUUUGGAAAUAAAGAACCAUUUUAUAUGAGCGGCCAUUUUGAUUGUUUAAUAUUUUCUAUGUGCUUGUGCAUUGUGCACUUCAUUCAUUUAAACUGUAUCCUGUGUGGGUUAUGAGGCCCCAUUGACUCCAUGGUGAUUCAUCUCUUGUGAUGUUACAUGGGAUUUGUACAACUAAUGAUACUACGUGUAAAGUUGCUUGUGAUCCAUCUGUUCCUAUUAUUGUCUUUUCUGGAAUAAUCGCAUUAUAUUCUCACUGCAAUAUUUAAUUUUCAUAUUGUAUUAUUGCAUGCUAUAAAAAUAAUGCCACAUUUAAAAAGACAGAGAAUUAUUUUGUAGUACAUAGGAAAUAAAACACUUUGUGUCUAUUUUCAUAUAUAGUUCC